CGUGCUAUGCACGUAAGAUUUGUUUUUUGUAUGCUUUUUAGAAACCUCAAGUCUCAACGCGACUUGACAACGCUUUUUGAUAGGGAUUACGCGUGUUGAACACCGGCCGCGCGUAUGACAGGAACUGCAAUGUGCUCUUCGAGGCGAUUUGCCAGCCGAACGACUUGGAUUCAAUAGGACAAGGAGCUGUAUCAGCUCGGCAGCAGCAUGCAACAUGUUCGCGCGCUUUUUGGCACGCCCGUUACGGCGGACCUGCUGUCGCGGUGCGCCGGUCUCCGCAGUGCUGCAGUGCACAGUCCGCAUGGUCGCUCAGUCGCCUGGAUGCGACACCCGACCCGAAAGCAGGGCAUCCUUACGGCCCGAGCCGGAUCCGUCUUCGCCGGCAAACUCCCUCGGAUGUGUCGGAUACCCUCCCUCUUCACCGCGACUGAUUUUCAUGCCAUCAUGCUGCCGGCUGAUGCUGCAAGCCGCCCGUGUCCGUUGCGGCCAGCCGACUCGGGCUUGGCGUGUUGUCCGUGUUGACUGCGCAGGAUAAGGGAGAGCAGACGCCGCUGCUGUCCGCGCGGCUUGUCUCUAUGCAGCGGUCGUUCCCACCUUUCUGGUGGCGGUGACGAGCGGAGACCGUGGGGACCGUCGUCGCCAAUCGAUCAGUCCGCUCCGUACCGCAUCCUGUUGUCGUUGACCUCGCGCGGCGCGUCGAAGAUCAUGCUUACAUGUACUGGCCCCUGUAGUUAUGCUAGCACCUUUCACGCGCCUAGCGACGACCAAAUUCCAGCGCUGCGUGAACGAGUUCAUGGUCUGCGACCAGCCAGCCUCCACCAUCCGCCGACAGUGCCAGGACUUGAGGCGAUCGACGCAGUGCGCCCCGUCUUGGCGACUCGCAGUCAUCGCUGCGCCCGUUUCUGCUGGCCACUCGUCAAUACGCGCUGAACACGCGGCAAAUCGACACUGUCGGCUCCGGCGGAGCUCAAGUUUUGGCGUCUGGGCGGAGCGAGCGAUUUCACAAGCAAAUACACGAAAGUCUUGCCCGGGAGGACAGCAGCCAAGUACUCGCUACCGCUGGAUGGUCUUUGGUCCGAGGUCGCGAGCCUUUUGCCGCACAUUUUGCGCGGCGGCACCCGCCAACAGCAGCUGGAGGGUCAGACGACCUCUGCGCCGCCUCCAUCCACAGCAACAGCGCUAGCAGAGCCAUGGCCGCUGCAACGGGAAGGGCUUCCAUCGCCACUACUACAUAUAGUGUCGUGCCAUAGCGGGCAUUGCCGUAGCGGAUGCCAAUGCGGAACUGUGCCGGGCUGUCACUGGCAGGUGCAACCUCUGCAUGUACAGCGACUUCAACAUGUAGCCAACAGCAGUAUCGUCAAAACCGGAGUACUUUAAUGAAUCUGCACGAAUGGUUGGUCAAAAGUUCUAAGAACCUCGU